AACAUUGCAUCUUAUAUGUCAUGAACAGGGAUAGGUAACCUUGUGUUGCAUGUCUCGACGCUUCAAAUGUCCGUCCGAUCCCAAACGGAAUUUGGGGGCGUCACACACUACUCAUAACAUCAUGCAUUUUGCUUGGCAAUUCUGUGCACCAAAUGUAGGGAACACUGCGAGAAAUGUAAGGUGCAACACCCAAAUUGCAUCGAUCGCAUGCAUCAAACUGACUUUCCAACUUGGUUCAAGCACCGUAUCCAGGAACAUCGUACCCAGCAUCCACAUGAUGUGUCCGCUAAUCUGUAUGCGUUAGCUUGCGGGCCUGACCGUUGGGUUGCAUCAUAUGAUGCUUGCAUAAUAAAUGGAAAAAGGUUUCAUACGAGACAGCGUGAACUUCGUCGGCGUACACAAAAUUCCAAGGUGUUGGUAACGGGGGACGAGGCCACAAAUAACGCUGACUUUUACGGUGUUAUUAAUAAUAUCGUAGAGUUACGCUACAUGGAGUGGCGUCGGGUAUACCUAUUUGAAUGUGAUUGGUUUGAUGUUGGUGAUCGAAAACGAGGGGUGCGGGUGGAUGGCCAUAUGAUUAGUGUCAACAUGAAUAGGACUUGGUAUAAGGGUGAACCAUUCGUGUUGGCGAGCCAGGCUGAUCAAUGUUUCUACAUAAGAGAUUUAAGAUCGAAAGGGAAUUGGAGUGUUGUGCAAACCUAUACAAAUAGGAAUGUAUAUAACAUUCCGUCAGUGUCAUGGAAUCUGGAAGAUAUUAAUGAUGGGGAGCCAAGUACAAAUGAGGCCGAUCAAGAAAAUGAGUUUUCUGAUUACUAUGAACCAGUUUAGUGUGGUAAUGCAGAUCCAGUGUCAACUCCAUUGGAUAGGAAUGAUAUACCACCUAGCCAUAUUGAAGCACAAGAAGUCAUGGAUGUGCAUGGUCAAUGCAUAGAUUCAACAGGCUUUAUUAAUGAUGCCAUGAUUUCUUCUGGUUCCGGAGAUGCGUAUAGUGAGGGGGAAUAUUCAGAUGAAGAGGACCUAUCAACAGACGAAGAGUCUGUGUCAGAUAUACCAUGAACACUCCAAAAACUUCUUCUACUUAAGGUGAGAGUAAAACAAUAGUGGAAAGCUUUAUUGUAGUUGCUGCACAGACAGAUUUGGGAGGGGAUUUGGUUUCUUAGAUAUCGAUAUAUUUAUCAUGCAAUCCCAUCUUCAAGCUGGAGGCAUGAGCGGCACGGCUAAUUACCAAGGUGACCGAGCGGGACCCAGUACUAGGGGCGGAGGGAGACUCAGGGGUUUUCAUGCGAGGCGGCAUGAACCUACUCGGCCCGCCACAACCGUCCUCGGGGAGCGAAGAUCUCCUUAUAUCACAGUCCUGAGGAGUGUAAUCAAUCAUCCUCAGAUGACUCCACACAGCCCCCAAGCCCGCCACCAUCCACCAACCCAAUUCCCACGCCAGCACCUGUUCGAGAACCCUCACCUAUGCGGGCACAAUCACCUAUUAGAGACCACGCACGAAUGGAAGACCCCAGUGUACCACAAACUGGAGCGGACACCCCCACGGAGCCCGUUGUAGCGCAGGAACAGAGAAAAUGAAUUUGUGGGCCCGCUCGAUGCAUCGAGUUUGACAAGGUGAGGAAGCAUGGGAAAGUGCUAUUAAAGAUAAACGAGGGUGAGACUGCACCGUGUUGUGAGCACGCUUCUAUGUUCACGACACGGGUAUCAUGGAUUAUUAAACAAUAUUGUGACAUGAGUUAUGCGCGAUGGACGGAUGUUCCGCUUGAAAUGAAGGAGGAGCUCAUUGACCGUGUUCGGGAGCGCGAGAACCACCGAUUGACGGUGACAAAGGCACUUUGUAAGCGCUUCAACUCCUUCCAUCAUGACUUGCACAAGAUUUAUGAAUCAUUUGGAAGCCAUGAAGAAGCUUUGGCUAAUGGGACAAGUUUGGUGGACCCCCUUGUAUGGGUAAAGUUGUGUAGUAGAUGGGGUAGUGACGAGUUUAAGAAAAUUUCUUCUCAAAACCGGGCGAACCGAAAGAAGCAGGCAAUUAAUCACACAUCAGGACGUAAAUCAUUCGUCCGAAUACUUGAGCAGAAGCGCGCUGAGAACGGAAAUUUGGUUGACUUCUAUAAGGAGACGCGCUGGUCGAAGAAGAAGAACAAGUUUGUGACAGAUGCUACAGAAGAUACUUACGAGAUGCAAGGUAGGUUGGAUGGCCUAGAACCAGAGCAACGUAAUGAUGAGGCAGCAGCGACUAUCUUUAGGGAGGUUCUGGGCCAUCGACCUGGAUAUGCGCGAGGACUGGGGGAGAUGGUCAUCCCCGAGUCAAGUAGACAGCGUGACCAAGUUAAAAUGCAAUGCUACAUGUCUGAGAUUGAAAGACACAAGAAAGAUGCUGAACAACAUAAGAAAGAUGCUGAAGAAUAUAAGAGUUAGCUGGAUGAAAUGAGAUCAGAGAUGCGGGCUCUUAGGGAGCAUCAGCUUCAGACUGACAGAUUGCUUCAGGAGUUCUUUAAGGAUCAUCCAACAUUCACUGAGUCAUAUCAACAGACUCAGGGUAACGAUUCCCCCCACCCAUAAGGGGCGUUGUGGGGUUUUUUGGCAUUUUGGGAAAACUUUUGUCGUGUUGGGUGGUUUUUUGAUAGUGGAUUCUGAAGACAACUGGGCAAUAUACAUAUAUCUAUAUAUAUAUAUAUAUAUAUAUAGAUAUUACUAUAUAUAUAAAGGGAUCUAUGUCAACAUCGGGGGGAAACACUAUUUUGAUUCCCAGAUUUUUGGGUCGUUUGUGUAUGUAAGACUCCUUUGUUGAACCACAAUGUGUACAUCAUCAUAUGUUUGAGUAAGUUUCCAAUGGCUGGAAACCAUUUUCUCUUCUAGGUACAACUAUUUAGUAGGUAGGUCCAUCAUUAUGUGGGCAGACAUUUCUAACACGCAAUGGUCUUUUAUUGUAAGGCCUUUUCUUGGGUUAGACAGCUUCUCCAUCAUGCUAGUGUUCACAAGUUGGUGCAAAACCUGGAGACACAGUUGAAGGAGCUUUGCAACUGACACAGCAUGGAGAAGGUCUAUCUCUCUCUCUCUCUCUCUCUCUCUCUCUCUCUCUCUCUCUCUCUCUCUCUCUCUCUCUCUCUCUCUCUCUCAGGUAAAUAUAUUUAGCAACUGUCAAUUAUCCAUUUAUAUUAAUAAGUGGUUGUGGAUAUACGGAGAUUAAAAACGGAUUCAUAUGAUAGUGUGUGUGAGGGUCAUUACAGAUAUCAAUCCCCUAUGCGAAAGGGUUUCUGUAUGCACAUUUUG